AUGCGAUACGCGUACCAUUCAAUGCGAACUUAUGAAGAUGAACUUGGAGUGUCAGGCAUUAAGUGCCAAUUCUUCGAUUGUCAUGAUGAGCCAACUUAUGACCCAGACGAAGGUCCUUUAGUAGAUCUUCAGUUCACGUGGCUAGGAGCUAUGCAGUACAUACACGUGAAGAACGGCACCCCUCAUUACUUCAGAGUUCCUCGCGUUGUCAUGAUAAGCCGUCAGUUUGUGCUGUCAAACGCCGUCGAUGCUGCACAUGUGCCAGAUGGUUACGCAUUAGGGAACGUAGUUUUUGGUGAUUAUGAGCGUGAUGAAGCUGAAUGUAAGCUGUCUAUUGAGGAUCUAGCUUCUGGCUUGGUCUGUGAGCCAGCAGUGCUUCUCAUGCCAAUAGCUGAUGUGCUGCUACACCCAGAAUACAAGCACUUCGGUGUGAAGAGCAGCAUAGCGCUGUUGAAGUUGAUCACACCGAUAAAGUCCAAAUACAUGGUCCCAGUAUGUCUGCCGUUCAAAAACUUCGUUGUUGGAAAAAAUGGGAAGCAGACGGCUGAAAGAUUGUAUCAUAUAGACUUUGUUAGUGAUGUUCCUAGAGAUUUCUUGGACGAAGAGAAAGAAAUAUCAAGAGUGAGUCUACUGCCAAGAGAACUCUGUUUUUUAUAUGACAGUCCUACACUGACAAAUGUGUCCAGUGUAGGCAAAGACCGUAUAGCUUGCACGACGGGUUGCGGCUUCUAUUCCGGGUCACCAAUGAUGGUUCAUGAGCAUACUGGCCAUUGGUCUAUUGUGUCUUUAUCUCAAGGUGGUUCUCCUUGUCCGGAUCCUCUCCGUACUCGCCGCCCGCCAUCUCCUCCUCGACACACUCUUCUAUAUCCAUACGUACCUUGGAUCACAGCAGCCAUUACCGGACGAGCUGUUGGCGCUUUCGCUAAAGAUGAUCCAUUUGGUUAUAUUAUGCCACGUGCUUCACUCUACGACGUGAUUGGUCACGGCUGGGUCGGUCACUGGUGGAUGGGGGGGCUUCGAUGCUAUGACCGAGGAGACUCAGCUACAGACAUCUUCAGAUUUUAUCACGAAGUGUUCCAAGUCAAACCAACCACACAGACUUAUCUUACUUAUUACUUAGAAAUAGACAGUGCACACGAUACUAUGGUGAUUUGCGUCAAAGUUGGCAUGCCUUAUCAAUUUGGACAUCCAAAAGUAUGGCAACUGGACACUCCUGAAGUUAAAGUCCAAGUGCCCCUAGUAACGUUCUCAAGUUUGUACAAAUUCCAAGUUGAAGCCUGGUCUUACAACGCGACUGAGUCUAUAACCACUUCCUCGACUUCUUCCUCAAGCGGGGAUAUGAUAAAAUGCAAGUUAUUAAAAGAUAUUUCAAAAAAACAUUCUGUUUUAUUUUUCUUAAAUUAA